AUGGGGGGCGAAGGCGGCUUCGGCAAGGGCGGCUUCGGCGACAAGGGCAAAGGCAAGGGAAAGAAGGGCAAGGGCAAAGGCAAGGGCAAGGGGAAGCAGGAGGAGAAGCAAUGGGUGCCGAUGACGAAGCUCGGGCGCUUGGUGAACGAUGGGAAGAUCACGAACCUUGAGGAGAUCUACCUGCACUCCUUGCCCAUCAAGGAGCCAGAGAUCAUCGACCACUUCUACCCUCCAGGCUCCCUGAAGGAUGAGGUGCUCAAGAUCCACCCGGUGCAGAAGAUGACCUCCGCAGGUCAGACGAACCGAUUCGUCUGCUACGUGCUGGUGGGUGACACGAACGGCCAUAUCGGUCUUGGCUCCAAGUGCGCCAAGGAGGUCGCCACAGCCAUCCGGGGCGGCAUCAUCGCGGCCAAGAUCAAUUUGAUUCCCGUGCGCCGGGGUUUCUGGGGUAACAGAAUCGGCCUCCCCCACACCGUGCCCAUGAAGGUCCAUGGCAAGUGCGGCUCCGUUCGCUGCCGACUAAUCCCGGCACCUCGCGGUUCCGGCAUCGUCGGGUCUCCUGUGAUGAAGAAGAUGAUGGCUUUCGCGGGGAUCUCCGACUGCUUUACCUGCUCCUGUGGGCACACCAGGACCACGGCCAACUUUGCCAAAGCCACCUUCGAGGCUCUCAAGGCGACCUACGGCUACCUCACCCCGGACUUGUGGACGAAGACGACUUUCACCAAAGCUCCUUUCCAGGAGUGGUCCGAUUACCUCGCCCAGAGCAAGAAGGCUGUCUCGUACUGA